AUGACAAUCACAUGUGGGAGGGGUCCUCUGGAUAACUGUUGUGGAGACGUGAUGGUCCGUGCCAUUGUUAGCUGUGCGGCUUUCUUAACUGCGCACCCUAACACAAAGGUCUGCUCUCCACCACUUGGCCUUUCGUCCCCUCCUGCAGAGUUCCUUGGCGUCCCCAUCACCGGGGCAUGGGGGAGGGGUCCUCCCGCCUCGAGCUCUGCCCGCCCCCAGGGCUUUCCUGAGGCCCUAGCCUCCUCUCCUGCUGCUCGGGCUGCUCAUCUGGGGCGAUGGCGGAGGGAAGCACCCGCUGGAAACGCGAGAGGGGCAGGCCGCACGCUAAUCUGGGGCCCCCGGGGCGGGGCUAGGGGCGGGAGGCGCCCUGCCCCCACAGGACUCGGGGUCACCCAGGGGUCAGCUCUACUGGGGGGCGGGGCCUGGCCCUUGGGGCCUCUUCAGACCCCGCUCGCUGCUUGGGGCCCCAGGCGGGUCCCCCUCCUGCUUCCGGGCUGGCUUAUUCUCCGUCCGCCUCCAGCCUUGGGUCUCCGCAGGGCCCUCGUGCUCCACUGUGAGCGCGGGGCUGCCCCCGAGGCCGUCUUGGGGGAGGGGGAGGGAAGGAGGCCUGGGCACGUGAGGGUUGCAGGAGGGGCCCCUAGAGGCCGCUGGGGCGGGAGCGCGGACGAGCCCCCGGGCCACCCGAGCAGUAGGGUGCGCCCGCGGACACAGCCUCCGGGCUCAUGCGCCGACGCCUUCCCUUCUGACGUCAUUUCCAGUUCUUCCCCUCCUUGGUGUCCUUGGUCUUUAGGGGCUUCCUGUCACCUCGGUUCAGCUCCGUGCUCAGCCGCUGCCUGGCAGUCCCGCGCCCCGGGCCGGGGCCGGGAUGGGCGGGCAGCGGGAGGAAUCAGUGCUCGCUUUGGAGCCUUCAGCCUGGAGAGAGAUUCCCAGUCUUACCUAGGAAGAGGCUGGGUGGGGCCACGCACCCCGCGCGAAGGGACGCGCCCAUUGGUCAGAUGCCUUCCAGACAAUUCAGACUGGACGUCCGAUAGACAUUUUACACUCAGCACCUUCCCUGUUGCUGUUGAGGCCGACGCCAUCCUCGAAGUCCUUCAGGCUUCCAACCUGGGGGUCAUCCUGGAUUCUUCAUGAUCUCUCACCACCCCCACCCAUGUCCGAGCAGUUGCCAAGGCCUGUUGACAUCGCCUUUGCAGUAUCUUUUGAAUGCCCCUCUGACACAGACACCAGUCCGGUGCAGACCACCACCAUCUCAUGCCUGGACUACUGCAGAUGCCCACUGGGAGGUCUGCCUGCCUUGAGUCUCUCCCCAUUCCGGUCCAUCCUCAGCUGUGCCACCACGGUGAUCUUCCUAAAACACAGCUCUGCCUGUAAGAACUGCCCUUUCCCAAAGCAGGAAGAACCAAGGAGGAGGAAGAAGAAGAAAUGGUUCCUGUGUGCCUGAUGGCUGGGGCUCUGGGGGUGAGUUUUCAUCACGUGCAGUGGCCACAGUGGCCUGGGCCUGAGAGUGUGAACUUGUCUUUCCUGUGGCCUGGAGCUUCAGAAAUUGGAGCCGUCCUGGGUUUAGAGAGGGAAGGCAGGGUAGAGAUCAUGGGGUCCAGCCACCCAUUUUACAGGAGAGGAGCCUGAGGCCCUGAGUGGGGCAGAGACUUUUCACACAGCUGGGAAACUGGCCAGUUUUCUGGAGGGACUGGCCAGGUGAAGAGGACCAGGAGGAAGCUGGCUGGGAGGACAAUGUGCCCAGCAAUGAGUGUGUCCAGUAGGGGACUGAGCCUCUUCAGAGGUGUGGCAGCUGGCACCUCCUCUUUCCCCUGCAGCUCCCACCCCACUUACCAGAGACUUGGACACAGGCUGGAAACGGUCAAGCCCAAGAUUCUGGGAUUCUGAGCAGAGCAGCCAGUAUUGGCUUCUAGGUGAUUCCUGUCAAUCCAAGAUGAACUGCCAGGAGCGGCUCUUGGUUAUAGAAGCAGAGGAUUCUGCUUAUAACAUGACACAUAUUUCCCCCCAAACCACCAACUUAUGCAAAAUCUUGCAAUACAAACCACAGAGUUUAUGGGGGAAAUGGAAUCAAGGGCAUAUUACUCAAAAACUUCAUCAGCGACAUGUAUAAAAAAGACAGGAACCUGAUAAACACAGAAAGCAGUGCUGUUUAAUAUACGUUAAAUGGUUAAGAGAUACAUAAAUACUCAUUCAGUAGCUGUAAAGUCCACCACUUCUGGCUGCUGCUCAGCCAAUGCUUUGGUCUGCAGAAGCAAGCUGGGCAGGCUGUGCCUCUGGUUGUCUGAGCCCAGUGGAAGGGGCUGAAAGGGGAUGGGGGUGGGACUGGUAAGACACGGUCCUUCUCCACUUAGAGCUCCUACUGCAUCAGAAGAUACACAAUAUGAUCCUUCACCUUGAAAAAUAUCUGGUUUGCUUGUGGAUGUAGGCAGCAGAAGGGUUGCCAGAUUAUGUUAUUGUAAGGGGAAUAAUUUUCUGCAUUCUUGCUGUUUCUCAUGGGAAAAAUAACUCUGAAGCAAACUCAAAAUUGAGGUAUUUGGUUUUUGAAACAUAGCAGAACUACAUGUAUGUAUACAUAUAUACCCAUGUGUAUACAAACUACAUACAUAGACAUAGGUAUGUUUACAUAUAUGCACAUGUAUACAUUAUCAUCUUAAUGAAAGGUCCAUUUGUUUUCUAGUGUUCUAAACUAUUUUAUUGAAUAUUUUAUUAAAAGGUUUUGGGCCUCUAUUGAGAUAAUCAUAUAAUUUUGUUAAUAUAGGUUUAUAAUUUUCUUAAUAUUAAACCAACACUGCCUUCCUAGUAUAUAAAUACAUCCUAGUUAUAGUGUGUAAUCUUUGUGAAACGUUGUUUAAGUCUCUUUGCCGGUAUUUCAUAUUUUUUGUUUUAAAAUUAUUCAUAUAAUAAUUUAAAUGAGUUAUUAAAUACAU